CAGACGGCCAGUCUGCUCCGAGCUUUCGACACGGUCGGACGCGUGUGACAGUGUUAACCAUUAGUGAAAUAUUUCCGAAGGAGUAAAGUGUUUUACGUGGAUUUUUUACACAAAAAAAAUUUACAAGUAAUAUUAAAAUCUAAAAGUACAAACAAGAUGACAACACUGUAAACAAAGAUGGCUCAUAAAAGAAACUUAGUAUUAGCUGUAGUAUUAAACAUAUUAAUAAGGACCCAGUGUCAGAGUGAGAUAGAAUACAACGAUUCACAAAUACUAGCACAAGAACAAGAAAACAACGAGGAGUAUAAAACAAAACCGAGUAUAGUUGCACAGUUUGACACAGACACUAUAGUAGAUUAUGAUUAUGAACACAACACGUCUUUGGACAACACAGAAAAGAACGUCGAUUCGACGGUGACAACAGAAGAGAGUGUAGUUGAAGAGCAUGUAGAAGAUUACGUUGAUAAAGAAGAAAGAGUGCGGACGACGGCUCAAUAUGUGACCGAAGCGUCAACAGGAUACAUGGACAAUAACGUCUACAAUAGAGACAACGCUGGAAGAGAAGUGUAUCCAUCGUUCACAAGCAAUAGACAGUCAGAUAUUUACCUAACAACCACAACACAAGCCUCAUUGUUAGCUGCAGAUUUUGAUGAAGUAAGAACACUAAAUGAAGAGCAGCAAGACAUGGGACAGAGAAAUCCAAAAACAGAAGCUGAUUCCAAAGAACAAACAGAUAAAUGGAGCUUAGAGAAGCCACGACCAACCGUCGCGCUUAGUAGAAGUUCAACUCUGAAGUCGUGGUUAGAAGACACGUGGCUUCGACCACCAGCCGGCAUCAUGGUGCCACUUCGACCAUCAGCUCUCAGCAGAGCCUUGGGAGUUUGGAACGACCUGAUCGACGAAGGGUUAAAUAUGACCGACAUCGUUAUAGUCGGAUACGAUUCUAAUGGUGUAAAUUGGAGAUCUCGCCACAACCUGCAACCAACACACACUGGGGGCGGAGAGAGGACAGUAUCAGAGGCACUUUCAAAGCUGUUACGGAAGUACCAGGACGUCGUGACAGAUGCGUCAGUGGAUGGUACCAUGAGAGCUCUGACGUUUGCAGCUAAACUGGUGCCCUACGACAGCGCUCUCUUCCUCAUCACAGACAAGGGCGCGGGAGAUCCUCAAAGGCUACCGCUGGCUCUUCGAGCCCUUAUCGAGAAGAGAUUGAAGGUGUACACUAUCUGGACGGACCCUAGCUACCCAUCAGCAGAGUCAGAACAGGCUCUGCAGGAUCUGAAGAACGUCUCUUCUCACACUGACGGAGAAGUGCUGCCGUACUCCAUACAGAUUAUGGAGGAGGAAAACGCAGACAAUUUCGCUUCGGAGGCGGAGUUGCAGCAAUGGGUGCCAUUAGAGGUGACCCAGUCGAGACACGCGAGGUUGCAGCAUCAUGAAGUGAAAUUUGAUACACUGUUGAUGAAGCGGGCUGCUGGUGAGGCAAUAUCCCUGGGUCUCCCAGUGGAGAACGGAGUCACAGCCCUCAGGAUAUACAUAGAGGGCAACGUGGAACAUGCUAUCAUCUACCCGCCGAACGAUGAGCCCCAGAUCGAUUUGAACAACGUGACGUCAGUGCUGGGCUUCUCUUCAGCGUCCACCACCAUCAGCUUGCAGCCGAGAGAGGUGCAUUUGGUAUUCCCGGGGAGUAACGACGAUAAGCUAUCAGUGUUACCCGCGACGCCGUCCGAAUCUGACCUUUCCCGAAUGGUGGGGGUUUGGCACCUGAGCGUCCGGUGUGACACCUGCGAGUACCGCAUACAGGUCACCGCCAGAACACAGAUACACUUCGAUGUGCAGCUUCAGCAUAGAGAGACUCUUCAGAUGAGAUUGACGGGCCCAGUGGCAAGCGUCAGAGAAUCAUCGCUCGUAGAUGAAACGGGAAUGGAACUAGCGAAACUAUCUUUCAGCUAUCAACCAACAGACUCAGAUACCGGAAUGGCCAACAUUAUGACUGAAGUAUCAAUGCCCAAAGUAUCCAGUUCAAAAGUAUACGUCAAAAUCCUGGGAAGAGACGUGAAAGGAGAAUCCUUCGUCCGUCUCGCAGGGCCGCUUAAUCCUCAAACAGAGAUUCGGUUAGGUCGGUCAGCGACCAUCAGGUUCCCCGAAUCCGAUCUGGAACAAGCCGAGCAGUUCGACUCUUGGAUGUACAAUCGAAUGCAGUACAACAACAGUAAUGUUCUGCCAUUUGGAAGAGCCAGUUCUCAGGUCCUUAACCAAGCUGGAGCUAUUCUCACUUCCGUGCAGAUCGGCCUGAGCUCUAAACUCUAUGGUAUACCAGACGAGAGGUUACAGCUACAUUUCGAAGUGACGAACUACAGAGAUCAGCAGCAGCGUUUCGAUUUCGGAGCGGUCGGAGAAUUGAGGUUCCUGACAGGCAUCAGCCCAGCAUCGCAAACAAUACAAUCUGGACAAACAGUCAACGUGAUAGUCAGCCUCACAAUUGGCACCACGGCACAGCCAGGAGCGAGGGACCUCAUCACUUUCACCGCUUACGCAUCAGGUCGGGAGCAGGUGUCCAUGUCAGCGUACGUGUAUGUGAUGAACAGUGGCGAGAUUCUGCGGGACGUGUGGGCGCCGGAGAUCCGACACAACUUCGGCGGCUCCUGCAUGGGUAGACUGGGCAACGACUGCGCGGAGCACACCUGGUCCGCUACAGUGGUGGCGCGGGACGCUGUUGGUGGUCUCCUGCGUCUGACAUCAGUGCCCAUGGGUCUGAUAUACGACAGCAACUUCAUCUCGGGCUCGCGUGAGGAGGUGAUAGCCAACUACAGAUCCACCUGCUGCUCGCCCCGGGUCGUGGUCAACGCCGUCGACGCGUUUGGCAACACCAACAGCUACGUCAUAGACAUUUCUAAUUACAUAACAGGUGCGGGGAUUGCAGCCAUUGUCUUAGCCGUCAUAUUAUUGAUAGUCAUCAUCCUAUCCAUUAUAUUCUGUAUCUACUGGUGCGUGAAACGAAGAAGAGAAUCCAAAGAACUAUCAUCAUACGGAACAUCAAGAAACAUAAGUUAGAACCUGAAAAUCCAACGCAAUGGUUGAAUCGCAAAAAUGUUUUUCAAUAUUUUAAGUAUUAUUUAAAAGCUGUGCCUUGUAAGAUUCCUUUAAAUAUU